AUGAUUCACAAAAGUGACUUCAUAUCAAUUUUAGACUGUGCAAAUUUCAUGGAAUAUAAAAGGAGAAAGAAAGAACAAAAGAGAGCAUUAAAGAGAAGAUGACAGACACCAAAUGGUGGCUUAAUUUGGUCUUACUUGUGAUGAAGGAGACGUGGAUGGGUCGAGAGAAAGGGACCACUUGA